AUGCCAGUCCAAGACAGGACAAACGAGUUCAAGGCCUGUGUGGAUUCUAUCCGCAGCCGCUCCUCGUAUCCCUCUCGCGGUGGCACAAAAGACAGGCUACUCCAACCCGCUAAUGGACACGCGAAGCCCAAGGCAGGUGCAAAGAGCGAAUUUUCGAGAAUGGCCAUGGCGGUUGGCAAAGAUAUUAGCAGCACGACGCUCAAGCUGCAAAAGCUCGCGCAGCUCGCAAAGCGAAAGACGCUGUUCGACGACCGACCAGUUGAAAUUUCAGAGCUUACAUUUAUUAUAAAGCAAGAUAUUGCCAAUAUCAAUAAACAGCUCGCCAAUCUCCAAGCCCAUGUCAAGGCGCAACAAGCGGGGAAGACGUCGGCAGGCAAGCAAGUCGAAGAACAUAACGCCAACGUCGUCACUCUAUUGCAGAGCAAGCUCAUGUCGACCAGUAUGACUUUUAAAGAUGUGCUGGAGCUCCGUACACAGAAUAUGAAAGAGACCAAGGAUCGCACAGAGCAGUUUGUACAUUCGACUUCGUCAGCGGCCAUACAACCCCCACCUACUAAUUCACUACUGUUCAAUAAGCCACGUAAUGAGGAUACACGGUACAAUCUGGGUACCAAGGGCAAAGCUCGAACGCAGGAUAGCGACCUUCUUGCGCUGGAUAUGGUUUCUGCAGAGGAGGGACACGCUACGGGUGGUCUUCAGGAACUUCAGUAUAUGGAUAAUCAGCAAGAUUACAUUCAAUCGCGUUCCACCGCUAUAGAGUCCAUCGAGGCUACGAUCACUGAGCUGGGCUCCAUCUUUGGUCAACUGGCUCACAUGGUCGCCGAACAGCGAGAAACGGUUCAGCGAAUCGACGCCGACACGACAGAUAUUGCCGACAACAUCUCGGGCGCUCAACGAGAGUUGUUAAAGUACUAUGCGAGCAUCUCGAGCAACAGGUGGCUCAUGAUCAAGGUCUUUGGUGCCAUUAUUGUCAUGUUCUUGCUAUUUGUUCUUGUAAAUUAA